UCCUCUUUUUCUUGUUCUUUUUCUUUUUCUUUGAGUAUUUCGGUUGUUUCUUCCUUGUGUUUCGCCGGUAGUAUUUGAUUUGUUAUCCAUUUUGAUUCGCCGGAAUGUCGGUUUUUGCUUCACCGGUGAUGACAGCUGGUAUUUUACCAUCGCGAAAAAGGAGCAGAAUUUUGUGCUUUUCCUAAACUGGAAUGAAAGGAGAACUUUUUUGGACAAAAAUACCUUCAUUAUUUUGCGAAAUUUACUGGAUUCUUCCGUUUUCGGGGAUCUGAGCCGGGUUACUAUUGGGAAUUCCUUUUUAAUUUUAUCACGUUUGUUUGGGUUUAUUCGAAUCAGUGAAUAAACUAAAAGGAAAUCCAGCUUUACAAGGCUUUAGAUGACGAAUGCAUGGAUGAUUACUAUCAUACCCUCCGCUCUGCUGUUUUUAUAGAGGUCAAAAAGGUCAUUUCUUGUCUAAAUAGGAGUAGUUGAAAGCUAAAAGUUGACCUUUCUUGGCUUUCCGUGCCAGGCUUUUUCUGAGUUUGACUUUGUGAAAAUAUCUUUUCUACUGUUAAAAUUGAUGCUAGUGUACAACCACUAUUAAUUAAGGUACAACCCAUUACGUUUUUUACCUAAUGGUAUUAUCCUACGCAUUUAAACAAACAAAACUAUUUAACACCGACUCAUUUCAUUUUUCUUUAACAUAAGAGAUGGAUUAUUUAUUGGGUAGCUGAGAAUUUUGAUGAUUUCAGCUUUGGACAAAUAAGGGAUCUUUUAUUGUUGGCUGAGAUCUUUUUGACAACUUCUUACGCCAGCUAUGUGUGUGUGCCCAUGUAUAGUAAAAGAAGUUGGAUUGAAUGAAGUUGGACCAGUUCUAAAAAUAUAGGAUUAUAAUUGGCAAUAGCUUAGACGUAGCAACUAUUGACUUUGCAACCUAGAAAAUGACGGACUUUUUUCUAUGCCACUACGUGUUUGCUUCACAUGGAGUAUAUUAGUUGUGGGCAAGAUGCAGUUUGUUUUUCAUAUUGAAAUGUUAGUUUGCUAGUUUGAUAAGAAUUUAUUAGUAGUAGCAAAAGUUAAAGAAUGAUAUUUGGACCUGUUCUUGUAUAUUUAUUAUAGCCUUGUGGUUUUAUAUUCGACAAAUGUCCCUUGGACUUGUACGUUUGUUUUUGUAAUUUUGAGCCGGCUAUUGCUAGUUUAGUUGUAUUUGGACUAGUAUAAGCGUGUUUAUUAGGAUCUGUUCUUAGGAAGGAAAAAGGGCCGCCCAGUGCACUAAGCUCCCGCUUUGCUUAGGAACGAACUGGAAUAGUUUUUCGUGUACUCCAUAAGGACUUGGGCGGUCUACAUUUUUAAUGCACGACAUAGUACAAGUUUAUUUAUUGUUCUUUGCUCAAAAACCUAACCCUAUAUAAUAUUAUUUGCACAUUGUUAUUAUGAAAAGCUGACUCUAAGCAAAUUUAAGAUAAAGACAGAGAUUGAUUUAUACCUGAUUGCCAUGAAGAGUUGAACACUGAUUCCUAGCAAGUCAUAAGUUGAUUUUUCACACCGACAAUUUGAUUGUUCUUCCCAAGAGCGAACAUGUGCCAUUUGCCUUGGGAGUAUGAAACCUGGGAAUGGUCAGGCGAUAUUCACUGCUGAAUGCUCCCACUCCUUCCACUUCAGCUGCAUUGCCAACAGUGUUAAGCAUGGAAACUACCUCUGCCCUAUCUGCAGAUGCAAAUGGAAAGAGAUUCCUCUCAUGUCGUCCUUCAGUACUGAUGCAACCAUUAACAGCGCAGGACGGACUCGUGUCUCUCCACUAGAAGAUCAUUACCCUGACAAUAUUUCUCGUGUUCCACCACCGGUAUCUCUGCCCCUUCCUGAGCCCCUUCACUUCUCUGAUGAUGAACCUCUUCCCAGCAUUACCGUGGAUCAGACCUCCUCCCCUUCCACUGUUCAUUCAGAGAGUGUAGUCUUGAGAGCUUUUCCAGAAUAUUCUGCUGUUGCGGCUUCUGAAGCUGUGUCAAGAUUUGCUGUUCUUGUUGGAGUAAGGGCACCCCCACUUGCUGAUGAUGCUCGGCACCGAGAGCGUGCGCCUAUUGACCUAGUCACAGUUCUAGAUGUUAGUGGCAGCAUGGCUGGAUCAAAAUUGUCACUCCUGAAGCAAGCAGUUUGUUUUGUCAUAGAUAACUUGGGGCCUUCUGACCGUCUAGCUGUUGUUACCUUUUCAUCCGGAGCUCAAAGAAACUUUCCCUUGCGAAGGAUGACAGAGCAAGGGCGUCGUGAGGCUGCACAGGCUGUCAAUGCCAUUUCAGCAAAUGGUGGGACAAAUAUCGUGGAAGGGCUCAAAAAGGGGGUCCGAGUUCUUGAAGAAAGGCGUGAAAGGAAUCCAGUUGCUAGCAUUGUUCUCUUGUCAGAUGGGAGAGACACCUAUAACGGGGAUAAUGCCAACCAACGUCAUAGUCCUAGGAACCGCAGAUCCUCAAAUGCAACAUCAGGUCCAGAAUAUCUGAAUCUAUUGCCUUCUUCCAUUUGUCCUCGCAAUAGAGAAGCACUAGUAGCAGACCAGCUUCCAACUUUUCAUGUGCAUACAUUUGGGUUUGGUUUAGACCAUGAUUCCUCUGCUAUGCAUGCUAUCUCAGAUGCAUCAGGUGGUACAUUUUCAUUCAUUGAGACUGUUGGUACUGUCCAAGAUGCCUUUGCAAUGUGUAUUGGUGGUCUCCUCAGUGUUGUAGCCCAGGAGCUAAAACUUAAUGUUAGGUCAGCAUCUCGAGGAGUGGAUAUUGGAUCCAUCCCUUCAGGAAGAUAUACAAGUGAAAUUUCUGAACAGGGAAAGCAAGGUGUAAUAAACAUUGGGAACCUGUAUGCAGAUGAGGAAAAAGAAUUCCUUGUCUACUUGUCUGUUCCCUUGGCUGAAAUUGAAGGAAGCGCAACAAAGACAUCUCUGUUGCAAAUUACAUGUGGUUACAAAAAUGCCACAUCCGAAGAGAUGGUCAGUGUGGAGGGUGAGACAGUUGAGAUACGUAGGCCACCAGUACUGUCUCCUACAGAUGUGCUAGUAAGUCGUGAGGUUGAUAGACAGAUAAACAGGCUGGCGGUAGCAGAAACCAUUGCAGAGGCACAACAGAUGGCAGAAAUGGGAAAUCUUGAGGGUGCUCAAGCUGUUCUAGCUAAUAGAAGAUCCUCUCUUCUAUCUUCUGUAUCUGCGCAAGCAGGUGAUGCUCUUUGUAACUGGCUUGACACUGAACUGACCGAAAUCAGAGAGAGGAUGGCGAGCAGGGAACGCUAUGAACAAACAGGACGAGCCUAUGUCCUCUCGGGUUUGAGCUCACAUUCUUGGCAAAGAGCCACAACUAGAGGAGACACAACAACACAAAUAAUAUUGCAAGGUGGUAGCUCAAGCAAUAGUGGCGCCAUUGGCUAUGAGACUCCAUCUAUGAUCAACAUGGUCUCAAAGUCACAGAACCUAAGUCUUGCCAAUCGUGUCGAACAAGUUCCUCGUCCCAACAAGACAUGCAACUUAACUCCAAGAUCUUAGUAAACAUUUCUAACCCCAUUCGUUCUCAGCGUGAUAGGCAACUGAACAACAGCACUCUUCUCGUGAUAUAAUUCUGUGGUAUAUUUGACCCUACUAUACUUUUUUGUUUUGGCUCCAUUUGUUUGUUCUUUUAGUUCUCCACAGUUGAAUCAUUUUCAAAUUAGAUUCUUUUGGAUUGACAUCUCUACAUUUCGGAAUAAUAUGUUAGAGCUGAUAACCGUUUGUUUGCUGA